CUUUGACUGUGUUGGGAUCCUAUGUACUUGGUUGGAAUGGGCUUUGUCUACAGUCUUUCUGAUAAGAGUUGGUAAGGUAGUUGAAAUUUGUAAGUGCUGAUCCUCAAUCCUCUUCUGGAAAUCACCAAAACUACGACUAAUCUGUACACUGGGUGCUUAUUUACAGCUGUAUAGUACUUGUAUUCUACGAGAAUCAUUACUAUUAGUCAAUAAUUGGACUCGUGCACAUCCUUUUCGUAUAUAAAAUGUAGACUAAUGUGAAAAGUGGGUGCCUUGUUGGUAUAAGAAACUUCUUAUGGAAUAUAUUAGGAAGAAAGUAGCACACACUGAAAAUUCACUAAUGUGAUUGUGGGGAUGGGUACAUAAUACCAUUUGGGAAUGAACCAUCGUUGUCCACAGUACAUAAAUUAACACCCUCCUUUAAUCUCUUUGCUGUUUUAUAAAGUCUGAACUUGCUUCCCUUUCUGUCCAACCCACCUUUUUCAAUUGUCAGUAUCAGACUAUCAGUAAACACAAGGAGCGGCUCCUAGAUCCUUUUCCAACUUGAGGGAAGCAUUUAUGGGAUUGGACUUGGUACCUUAUUGUGUAUGAAAAAUCCAAACUUUGCUCUAUUUUUGAGUGAGUUUCAGAAGCAACAGAACGGAGCCAUGGAAUGCUUCCAUGCAGUUCUGAUCAGGGCUUGAAUUCUGAUCAAUGAAGUCGAAUACCAGCUUAGCGCUUCCUGGACCCAGUCUCGCUUCUGUCGAAUCCUUAUCCAUGCCUGUUUUCCAGGAAGUUGUUCUCGCGUCUGAUAUACGAUGUACCGGAUGUCAAAGGAGACUUUCUGACAUGAUCUCCAAAUUGGGUGCAGAUAUAGAGUCUGUUGUCGUGAGCGCAUCGGAGAAGAAGGUUACACUUAUAUGUAGAUAUCCAAGUACUGCAGCAGCCAAGGUGCCAAGUCGGCUAGUUCCCGCGGUACACAGGACUCCUCUUAACAAAUUUGCCUUGAUUAAACGCAUACUUCGUUCUUCCUUGGGUUGAUUGAUUCCAAGCAAGAGAAGACCAGCAAUACAUGCUAUGGAAAAUUCAUUUUUAGAAGUGUUUUUUGUUCUCUGAAUUGGGUGUCUGUGCUAGUCGUUUUUACAUUGAUCAAUAGUUUAUAUGUACAGAAUCUAAUGGUAACUGGUAAUAGUAAAAUAAGUGGGGAGAUACUGGAGAUGAUUUGGGAGAAUUCUUGACUUCUUUUUCUGUGUUAUGUUUGGUUGGAAGAAAAAACAAGGAGAGACCCUUUUUGAAAGGACCUCAGAUUUUUAUAUGCAAGCCUUUGAGUUGAAGAAAAGAGGUAGCAUCAUUGCAUAUGCAAAACUUUGCCAUUUUCUGAGGGAACAGGCAAGCUUUAGAAUGAAGUUAAGGAUAUAUAAUAAGUUAAGUGCAUAAGAAACAAAAUCCCCUUUCUUAACUUGAGCAUAAUCAGAUUCCAAAACAAAAAGGCACGAAUUUGCAUUGGAAUGAUCCACAAGUUGGUUCACAAUCUUCCAUAUUCUUAAUAUUCCACAAUAUAACCUUUUCCAUGUCCUCUUUUCAAGUCAUCACACCAACCAAAAAUUGAUCUCAGCUCUUUGGCAACUCCAACUUCAUGGCAGGAAAGUACUGUUGCAUGGUGAUGAGGCUCAAUGUUGAUUGCAAUGGAUGUGUUAGGAAAGUAAGGAGAAUACUACUCAACAUGAAAGCUAUAGAGACACAUCUGAUUGAGAAGCAGCAAUGCAGGGUUAGUGUAUGUGGGAGAUUUAUACCAGCAGAUGUGGCAAUAAAGUUGAGAAAAAAAAUGAACCGCAGAGUCGAAAUUCUGGAAAUCCAAGAGUUUGAUGAAACUACUACUGAACAGACGGACCAAAGGCCUAUGAUUACUGCAGCCUAUUGAGAACCAAUACGAAGGAAAAUAGAGCAUGUUUAGAUUUUUAUAACACCUCAAUUGUAUUGUAGGGGACAUGUAGUUCAUCUGGUGAUUGUUAGUGUGAAUAAUAAUUCUUGAGCAUUCUCAA